ACUCAAGGUCGAAUUCGCCGGGGUCAUCUCCCUGAUCACCACCUGCCUGACGGCGAUCCGCAUGUGGCGGCUGGAUAGCGAGAAAAAGACGUACAUCGAGGAGAAGACGUUCGCCACGCUCUGGAAUCUGCUCUUCCAGCCAAUUCUAUUCGUGUUGAUUGGCAUGAAGUUUGACAUUCCGAAUACGACCGGCGAGGGAGUGGCACUAGGAUUGGCUUGCCUCGGGAUUGGUAUCGCCGCCAGGGCUGUGGGUGUCAUCCUGCUGACGAUGUGCUCUGGCCUGCGUUUCUCGGAGCAGCUCGUCUUCGUCGGCUCAUUCUUCCCCAAAGCAACAAUUCAGGCCGCCCUGGCCCCGUCAAUCCUCGUGGGUUCGAUGGCGUUCCCCGAACUGCUCGACUAUGCUUCUAUCGUCCUCGUGGCUUGCAUCGUGGCGAUUCUGGUCACCUCCCUGUUCGGCCAACUCUUCAUGGACCUCUGCGCCCCGGCACUGCUUCAGAAAGACUACGUGCAAUCGGUAACAAUCACGCCCGGAAAUGGCUUCUACGGGAAUGGAGGGAAAAUUGAUGAGGGUUUCGAUCCAUCCCUUGGUUUCGUCUCCUUCUCCCAGCUGCGCCAGACACCAAUCGACACCCAGCGAGUACACGACGCGCCUAGGGACGGACCGAGAUACGUGUGGAGCGGGAAUUCCAUGGCUAUCGAGGAUCAGGCCGGCGAUUUUGAGCGGUACGUCGACCAAAAG